AUGAUCCAUGAUCCAACACAGCCAGACAAACCUGGAUCAUUGAUUGUUGCGAGCAGGAAGACCAGCUUUCUUCUCUCAUUUCCCCUCGCUGCUCAGCUGGAGCCUGUGUCACCUAGCACACCUCGCGGUUCUCCUAUUGAGACCGACCCAGACCUUCCUAGUCUUACCUCCACUUCCACUGGAUCUCUUGACCUUAGCUCCAAGCAGCUCGGUAUCCUGACAAACCGGCACGGUGCUCUCCCAACUUCUGUCAUAUCCUCAUACCCUACCGCUGCCGUUCCGAUACUCACCUCCGGUCCUGGCAACACACCUCCUUCUACCCCCCAUGCCACCUCUGCUCCUCCUUCCCUCUCCUCCCCUAUCUCCGUCCGCUCCGAUACUCACCUCGGACUGAACACCGCCCCUCUCGCCACUACUCCUCCUCCUCCUACUCCGCUCCUCCUUCACAACACCUCCACCCUCCCGUCACCCUCCUAUGCUUCCCCUGUCCGCUCCGAUACUCACCUUUGGACCUGA